UGAUAACGAUUAGUUGAGCUCGAGUCUGCCGACUGGAUGGUCUAGUUGGGGGUUCAGUUUCGAGAGUGCGAUUCCAACUCAUCCUUUACGGGGGAAAAGUUUUCCCAAUUUCCAUAGAAACUAAGCUUCAGAUAAUAUGUGGCUGUGAUUUAGUUAGUGCCUUUGAUCUGUAACUAUUUAGGGAAGAAAGUUCAGGUGAUUUCCUCAACAGAGUGAAUAAGUCUCCGACUUUCACGUGUCGUUAAAGAAGUGAAGGACAUUAUCAUUCGACAGGGAGACGGAAAAAGUCACAAGUUUUAUCAAUAGAACACCUUGAGCACACAGAAUGUCGGGAAUGUGCUUGCGUGGCCUGGGAGGUCUGCUGCGGGGAGGGGCCUUGCUCCGAACCAGAUGCCAGUCGGCGGGGUUGAGAAAUGGGCGAACUUUUUCGGUUGUUAGCAGCCCCAGUGUCGGAGCAUAUCUGGCAGAACAGGUCAACGGAAAACGCCAAACGUCGAACAAUCGAACGUUGCACUCGAUUCACGAUCGAACCCGUGCUCACAUUUCGGAACGUAGCCAGCUGAAGUCGGCCCGGCGGAUGGUCGUGAAGUUGGGCAGCGCUGUCAUCACCCGGGAGGACGAGCACGGAUUGGCCCUGGGUCGGUUGGCCUCUAUUGUUGAGCAGGUGGCCGAAUAUCAUGUCGAAGGGCGCGAAUGUAUCAUGGUCACUAGUGGUGCCGUGGCCUUUGGCAAGCAAAAACUCACCCAGGAAUUGUUGAUGAGCAUGUCUAUGCGGGAAACGCUCUCGCCUACAGAUCACACUCGGCAGGAUGCUGGAACAAUGCUGGAGCCACGUGCUGCGGCUGCUGUUGGCCAGUCCGGUCUGAUGUCUCUCUAUGAUGCCAUGUUCGCCCAGUACGGUAUCAAGGUGGCCCAGGUGCUGGUAACGGAACCGGAUUUUUACAACGAAGAAACGAGAAAGAAUUUGUUCAGUACCCUUUCUGAGCUGAUCAGUUUGAACAUUGUACCCAUCAUCAACACCAACGAUGCUGUAAUGCCCCCGAUGUUCAUUGUCGACCAAGAGGUCUCGGGAACGGGCAAAAAGAAGGGAAUCAAAAUUAAAGACAACGACAGCUUGGCCGCCCUCCUUGCUGCCGAGAUUCAUGCCGAUUUGCUCAUUCUGAUGUCGGACGUUGAUGGAAUCUAUAAUAAGCCCCCAUGGGAGGAUGGCGCCCGAUUGAUGCACACCUACACUUCCGCCGACAAGGAGCAAAUCAAGUUCGGCAAGAAGUCCAAAGUGGGAACGGGUGGGAUGGACUCUAAGGUGACAGCGGCCACGUGGGCCCUGGAUCGAGGUGUAAGUGUUGUUAUCUGCAACGGUACUCAGGAGAAGGCCAUCAAGCACAUCCUAACCGGGAGAAAGGUCGGCACGUUUUUCACCGAAUCGACAGCAGAAAAGGCCACACCGGUCGAGCAUUUAGCCGAGAAUGCUCGUUCCGGCAGCCGGGUGUUGCAAAAUCUGUCCGCCUCGGAUCGUGCUCUCUGCGUUAAUACGCUGGCCGAUUUGCUGAUUUCUAAACAGUCGAAAGUCUUGCAGGCAAACGCCAAAGACCUGGACGAGGCGAAAAAGUCCGGCCUAGCAAAACCGCUACUCUCCCGCCUGUCGCUGACCCCGGCCAAGAUUGAAAGCUUAGCGGUUGGCCUGAAGCAAAUCGCUGACUCCAGCCAUAAGAACGUCGGCCGCGUCCUACGCAGAACCAAAUUGGCUGAAAACUUGGAGCUCAAACAAAUUACGGUUCCGAUUGGAGUUUUGUUGGUUAUUUUCGAAUCCCGUCCGGAUUCGUUGCCCCAAGUUGCGGCACUGGCAAUUGCCUCUGGAAACGGAUUGCUACUGAAAGGUGGCAAGGAAGCGGCUUAUAGCAACAAAGCCCUGAUGGAACUGGUCCAGGAAGCACUGGGUGUUGUGGGGGCUGCUAAAUCCAUAUCACUCGUUUCAACACGAGAGGAAAUUGGUGAUUUAUUGACCAUGGAUCAGCACAUCGACUUGAUUAUUCCUCGUGGCUCGAGUGAGUUGGUUCGCAGCAUUCAGGAGAAAUCCCAACACAUUCCGGUGAUGGGUCACGCCGAGGGAAUCUGCCAUGUUUAUGUUGACAAGGAUGCCAAUCUGGAAAAGGCACUAAAAAUUAUCAGGGACUCCAAGUGCGAUUAUCCUGCUGCUUGCAAUGCGAUGGAAACGUUGCUGAUCCACGAGGACCUGUUAAGCGGAAGCUUCUUCACCGACGUUUGUAACAUGCUGAAGAGGGAGGGCGUCAAAAUCAAUUCCGGUCCGAAGCUGAACCAGCUGCUAACGUUCGGUCCGCCCCAGGCUAAAUCGCUCAAGUUUGAGUACGGUGCCCUCGAGUGCAGCAUCGAGGUCGUGAAGGAUCUGGAGGAGGCAAUAGAACAUGUGCAUUCGUUUGGCAGUGGCCACACCGAUGUUAUUGUUACUGAAAAUGAUUCCAACGCGCGGUACUUCCAGAACCAUGUGGACAGUGCGUGUGUGUUCCACAAUGCCAGUAGCAGAUUUGCCGACGGUUUCCGGUUCGGAUUAGGUGCUGAGGUGGGCAUUUCAACGGCCCGGAUUCACGCCCGGGGCCCAGUGGGAGUCGAGGGUCUGCUGACCACCAAGUGGGUACUUAGCGGUGUGGACCACGCGGCUGCCGAUUUCAGCGACGGUACCCGGAAGUGGCUCCACGAAUCACUUCCGCUCGAUUGACUUGGACAAAUGCGAACCAAAGUCGUUUGUAUAAUUAAGUGCCUUAGGAAGCAUCUUUCUUUACCUUAGAGCGUUUUCCAUACAUAAAUAUAUAUAGUUCAAUUCUGUACUACAGUUAACACAUAGAUAGUUAGUUAAGGGUUUAGGGUAAAGAGAAUAAUGAGACUUUUAAUAAAAUUUAUUUAAUUAAAAA